AUGCAUUUUCAUACUCAACUCGGCUCACAUCCCCAUCAGCGUGCGCUUUCAUGUCUUUCACAUACUGAUGGCUCCUCCGCCGCUCAUAUUCCAAGCCAUAGCCAUCUGACCGGCGAGGUUGACGCUCGGGAUCCCCGGGCUAACUUCCUGAUGGCGCCCUCGUUCACGGAUGCCUGGAAGACUGCGAUAGAAGCCGAGAAGGAGCUUCUGCAAUGUUUCUCGCAAGAACGGCGCACAUUCGAUGAAUUCGAACAUUUCCUUUCCGAGUUCCGGACCUCUUCUCAAAAUGCAAUCCUCCUUGACUUCAAUGCUGCCCGCGAGGUUGACGUGGAGAGUCGCCUCUGGGAUGCGCACUUGAAAGUGAACAAUCGGUUUCGCAAGCAGUUGCUUCGCUUUCGCGAAGAGCACGGCAAGAAAAAACCAGUUGAGAGGCGGAAACUCGAACGCCACUACCUCGAUUUCAUCAAGUCAAGCCAGCGGUUUUACCGAGGAUACAUCCAGCAUUUAUCGUCGCGCUUUGGGGGGAUUGUUGAGUUGGAGAGAGUUGCGCGCAAGUUCAACUUUGAGAAUCUGUCCGGCCAAUCUCCUAUCAAGCCCUCCAAUGAUCUGCGCAGGCUCAUUCUCCAGUCAUGUCAUGCGACCCUUAUCCGGCUGGGAGACCUUUCCCGCUAUCGUGAAUCAGAACUCGUCAGCAAAGAUCGCAACUGGGGCCCUGCCAUCGGCUAUUAUGAUCUGGCAUCCGUGAUCAACCCUGCAUCGGGUGCAUCUCAGAACCAAUUGGCAAUUAUCGCUCUCGCGGAUGGAAAUCAUCUUCGUGCUACCUACCAUCUCUACAGAGCACUUUCGGCUCAAGAACCGCAUCCUACUGCGAAGGGCAAUCUGGAGAUUGAACUCCGAAAAAUCAUGAGCGCCUGGGCUAAACGAGAGCUGAUCCGCCCCGAAGAUGCCGGUAUCCCUGGAAGGGCCUUGACUCCGUGGUUUCUCUAUCUCCAUGCCAAAUGUUACAAGGGAACCGACUUCCCGGAGCACGACGAGUUAGAGAGUGAAGUUCUUAGUCAACUAGCAGUUGAAAUUAGAGAACGGUCACUAGAAGGGACACUUCAAAAGUUCUGUCUCAUCAAUAUCGCGGCCGAGGAUUUUGCCAAGGUCCGAUCCGUUGAGGAGUCUGUCUUGGAUGCACGCGUCUUUUUCCAGCGCAUCAAUGUGAAGACAUUUUUCACCUUACUGCAAAUACUUUUGGUCGAACUAGAACGGACUGCUUCUUUUGAAGAUCCGAACGGCAAAGACGCAAUGCCUAUCCCAGACAAGGUGUCUGUGGUUGCUCGCCGGAUCCUCCCCGCGCUUCGCCAUUAUAGCUCCUGGCUACUUACAAAUAGCCAGUCUUUAGUUGAGCAAAAAGAGGAAAAGGAUUCGGCACUCUCGAUUCAAAUCAAAGAGUUCUGGAAGAUUUAUGCCGGUACGCUGAGCCUGCUCGCAUCCUCGUUCGAUGUGGUCAGCCUUCCCGAGGUUGAUUAUCUAUUGGAAGAAGACGAAGAAAGUCUUGGUUUUGCACCUCUGGAUCAGGAUGCCACUUCCCGUCGGUACGUCGGAGGUGGUGAUCGGCCAAAGCCCCGGAUGCACGAUCUUGGGAUUGAAAGAAGUCACCCCAACAUGGAAAUGCUCUAUCGAAUUCGCGAAUUUGUGAUUGAUGGACUUGACUUGGUUGUGAGGGGAAAAAUUCCGGUGGCUCUUGUGGAUAGUGAAGAUAAGAAGACAUUUAUCUAUCAGGAAGAGGAUCUGCCUCCGCAAUUCUAUUCUAGCCCUCAUGGCCGCCAACAUGCACUUUCCGCUGCAAGCAUCGAGCGUGAGGAUAUCCCACAGACUGUUCAAACGCCAUACUCUGCCGCAGAAGCCCAAAGUCUGUUCGGCGGUUCCCAGUCUGCAUCGGCAUCUAUGUCCGCCAACAUGCAUCAGAUCGUCGAGGGCGUUGAGCGACUCGUUGACUCGGACACGUAUGAAACCCCACCCAAUGACCAAUUUGCUUUCCUGGGCUCGGGAGAGAUAUCAACACCUACGCAUGUCUCACCCAAUGCCAAUGCUUAUCCGUUCCGCGACGAAAACUCUCCACCACUUAGCACCCCAAUGGCCCCUCCACCUGGGCUUGGUCCACCAGUCAUGAAUGCAGCCGAGCCUCUCAGAGUGCCAUCGGCUCAGUCAUAUACCCCACGACCUGCCAUCCCCAGCCUCCCCAGCAUUUGGACGCCACUGAGAGAUACCGCCCCUCCACGAACGCCUCCUGGCCUUGGUCCACAACCUGGUCAGCGAGCUCCACUGCACCACAUAGCUUCUGAGCGCUCACCGUCGCAAGAUCAGCUAGCAAAUGAGCUCAUGCUCCGACAGCACCUGAUGGCGCAGACCCAAUUUUCAAACUCACUGGAUGUAGGAUCAAUGCCCACGACUUGGGCUUCAUCCAACAUGUCUCAUGCUCGUCCCGCCGCCAGCGGCUGGGAUCAUGGCCGAACGACUUUCGGUGCAUUCGAGCUCCCGAGCCAAAUGACGUCCAGCAGCCUGGGACAUCCCUCAUGGGCCAAUGAAGCUUUCAUCGCCAGCAGCCUCGCUGGGGCAACUCCCUACAGCUCCGGGAUUGGAGGGCGCAAGCCUGGAACACAGCUUGGGGCAGUCGGUCAAACACCACCCUGUGGCCAAGGAGGCUGA